CCAUGUUUGUUAAGUCUCAACUUCCAUCGUAUGGGAAGCCCUGGUUGAAGUUGGAUUGGAAUUUGUAUCUUAAUCCGUCUCAUCUUAUUAGGAAUUUUCCUAUUCGAUUUAAGUAGAACGAAGAGCGGUCACAUGGAAUCAUCUCUCCCGGCAAUGUUUAAAAAUGUAAGAAAAGCAAAAUCUUCAGUGUCAAGUCAAGGAUACAAGAACGUUUUUUCUCUGCCUUCUCCAUUACUCUAGCAGUGUAGCUCAGCAGUACAGCUUUGGGUGAUCUCAGAGGAACCAACGUCAAUCGGAGAUUUGGUCGAAGCAACUGCGUUUCCCGUCGAUUGGUAGCUUCUGGGUAGCUUUCUAUUUCCAUUUCCAUUGAUUUUUCUUUUCUUUUCUUUCACCCUGACGUAAUUUUGGGUCUGAGUGGAGCUGGAGACCUGUAUGGCAAUAACUCGGAAAACGACAAUUUGAAAAUGGCCCAAAUGAAAUUGCAUAGGUGAUAGGUCUUCCUGGUGAAAGUAAACAUCUCUUGAAGUCGCUUUUCAGAUAAAUUUAUUUAACGUUCCUGAUCGAGGGGAAAAAAUGACGAAUAAGGGGAUCACAAUGAGUUGUGAUGUAGGCACAUGCAAGCACCUCUUGGUUCUAUUUAUGUAGCUCAGCUAACCAGAACACCAGGAUCUGCCGUAAGAGUCUCCUUUGAUAUUUACCAUAAGAGAGAUAUAGAAAUUGCUUCUGCAACAUUUCUGAACCAUUCAUCUACAAGAAGCAGCAGGAGUGUUUUUCUAAAAAUGCCAUUAUUGUCGAAGUUACGCUGCAUAACUAUAGAUGUCACUGGCACUCUUAUAGCGUACAAAGGGGAACUUGGUGACUACUAUUGCAUGGCAGCCAAAGCUGUCGGAUUGCCUUGUCCAGAUUACAAGCGCAUGCAUGAGGGCUUCAAAGCUGCAUACACUGACAUGGCUAAACGAUAUCCUUGUUUUGGUCAUGCAGAAAAAAUGCCAAACAUUGUGUGGUGGAAAUCAUGUGUCAAGGACUCCUUUAUCAGGUCGGGAUAUGAUUAUGAUGAGGAGACGUUUGAGAAGGUGUUCAGACGGAUAUACUCAGUUUUUGGAUCCUCUGCACCUUAUACUCUAUUCCAGGACUCCCAGCCAUUCCUGAGAUGGGCACGUGAACAAGGGAUCAUCGUUGGGCUUGUCAGCAAUGCUGAAUAUCGAUAUCAGGAUGUCAUCCUUCCCGCGUUGGGUCUGAAUGAGGGAUCCGAGUGGGACUUUGGUGUGUUUUCUGGUCUGGAAGGUGUGGAAAAGCCAGACCCAAGAAUCUAUGAGAUUGCCCUGGAUAAAGCUGGAAAAAUUGCACCAGAAGACACCUUGCACAUUGGUGACAGCUUCCGCAAGGAUUAUCUUUCAGCAAAGAGUGUGGGAAUGCAUGCGUUGUUGUUGGAUAGAUUUAAGUCAACUGAUGCAGACAGUUGGAGGAAAUCUGGCGCGGUUGUUCUUCCUGACCUAAUGGCUGCACAAGCUUGGCUUACUUCUGAGAUAUUUGACCUGCUUAAAGGACAAUCAAAUGCAUCUAAGGGUUUCUCUCUUUGUGUGCGCACGCGUGUCAGCUUGUGUGUGCGUGCAUGCGUGUGUAAAGGAAAGUUGACAGGGAUAUUACAGAGCAUAUUGGACUUGGACUAUAAUUGCAGGAUUCAUGCAGUGGGCCUAAAAUGGUCUAGACAAGCCUUAGAUGAUGAUGAUGAUAAUGUAUACACGUGUUACCAUGAAAUGUAUGCCUGAAAAACUGAAGGUAUGAGGAUUAUUGCUAUUUUUAAUUCAUUUUUGGGUAGUCCUUGAUAUCCUUGUGGUCUA